GCUUGAUUUGUGACUAUAGACUGUGGCCUCUGUGAAUCCAAUCGCUUGGGGAAAAAUUCUCUACUUGCCGCAAAAAAAUAUUCAAAUCCUCUAAUAUAGUGUACAUCGUACAUUAUUUUGUGAACGACUUUAGUUCUAUGUUGAUCUGAGGAGCAAGAAAAAGCAUUCAAAAUGACGAUCGGGAAAAACAACAAAAUGAUUCAGCUCCUGAACUAUCGGGUGCGGAUCGUACUGCAGGACUCCCGUACCUUCAUCGGUACGUUCAAAGCGUUUGACAAGCACAUGAACCUAAUCCUUGGAGACUGCGAAGAGUUUCGUAAAAUCAAACCGAAAAAUACAAAACUGCCAGAGAGGGAAGAGAAGCGUGUUCUCGGUUUUGUCCUUUUACGAGGCGGAAAUAUCGUUUCUUUAACGGUCGAAGGACCGCCUCCACCGGAGGAAGGUCUUCCUCGUGUUCCGAUUCCUGGAGGUGCUCCCGGGCCCGGUAUGGGCCGUGUUGCUGGUCGGGGUAUGCCAGCCGCCAUGGGUGGUGUUCCGGCCGGAUUGCAAGGUCCAGUGCGAGGCGUCGGGGGACCCUCGCAGCAACACAUGGCUCCGAUCGGUCGAGGAGGGCAGGUUUCUGCUCCACCGCAGAUGCGUCCUAUGAUACCGGGAGGACCUCCACCCGGUAUGAUGCCUGGUCCAGGAGGUAUGAACCCAAUGGCAGGAAUGGCUCGUGGUGCUCCGCCACCGAUGCGAGGACCACCACCCGGUAUGAUGCGCGGUGGGCCUCCACCAAGACCAUACUGAGAUGGGUCGUAAUAUUUACCUUAGCAAUAAGAAUGGAAUGAAUUGUAAUACGAUUUUCAUGCAACUUACCUAAUAAAUCUGCUGAAUUUAA